AUGGCGGGGUUCGAUCGACAUAUAAUGCACUAUGCCUUAUCAACUGAUUCUAACAUGUAUGCCCAUCUUAACUUUACUUCAGAAACGAAAUAUACGCAGAGGGUUGUGUAUGAGAAUGAGACACUUAGGAGAGAAUUGGAAAGUCAAAGGAGAGAACUCAAGCAGAAAUGCAAGGAAAUCGACAAGUGUGAGGCCGAAUUGGAUAUCAAAAGCAAGCAACUUUCUGUUUUAAGCGAAGAGGUACUUAUACUUUUGUUCAACCUGAACUCUACCGUUUCUCUUUUGGGUUACAAGAAAGCUAAGUACUGUGCAAGAGAAUAUGGAUGGGGCGAAGAUAUGAGUAGUGAAAAGAAUGUUCUAACCUUAACCGAGGUGAAUGAUAUGUGCAAAAAACUAGAAGAGAAAGACUAUGAGUUGGAUAGUUUGAUUGACCUAAAUAACACCCUUAUUGCCAAAGGCUUGGAUGGGUUUGCAUAUAUACGUUCGCGACCUCCUGUAAUUGGGAUAAAUCGGAUGGGGGAGCUGAAUGAGAAACCAUUUCGAGAUAUUUGUAUUAAGAAGUUCUCGACUACAAAAUGGGAAACAAAAUCUGCUGAGCUGUGCUCGCUGUGGCAAAAGAAAAUACAAGAUUCGCAGUGGUAUCCGUAUAAGCAUGUGACAACUGAUGAAAAGCUUACUUUGAGAGAGCUGAAAGAUGAAUGGGGCAAGGAAGUACAUGAUGCUGGAAUUUCAAAGAAGGAAGGGAAGCCAGCUUAA